CCUUAUCCCCAAAACAAACUCUCUCUUCACUCUCUCUCGCUCACUCUCUCUCUCUCUCUCUCUCUCUCUCUGAACUUCCAUGGACGCCACUUUCUCUGCGAAAUCCCACAGUCUCUCGGUAACUUCUCUCCCCUCCGCUUCUUCCCCGCCCUGCUCUUCCUCUCUCCGGCCCGUUCGCAGGGAGUUCCUCGGCUGCGGCCACAACUUGAGGCCGCCCGGCCUUCUCCGCUCCAACAGGAAAUGCAAGGAGCUCCUAGGGCUCCAAAUGCGGUCCCCUCGCUUCCUCGUCCGAGCUUCUCUCGAUUCCCAAUCGUCUCUCCUCGUCGUCACCGUGGUCACGGUUUCAGCUCUCGCCUUUGUCUCUUUGAGUUACUCUGAUAGAACGAAGAGGAAGAACGUCGGCGAGGUGUCAAGUCCGCUACUUGUGAUUUCUCAACAGGUCAGAAGUAUCAUUGACAGUUAUGUUAAGAAUCAGAACUUGGGUCUGGAUCUUGAAACAAUGACGUCGGCUGAUGAAAGCAAAUAUGCAGAGAAGGAAACAAGUGAAAGGAAAAUAGAGGAUGAAGAAAAGCCCUUCCUGCCUCAUCUUAAGGAAACUGCUUUUAUGCAUCAAGAAACUCUCAUCGAUAAUGCAGUAGAGUCUUCUCCUGCCAGUAUCAUUGUUUCUGGUGUAAGCGGUUCUAUGUCCUCAAGUGAAUCUGAAUUUACCAGCGUAUCUUUCCCAAUUCCCGCCCAAUCUGAAAUAGGCCUGCCACAGCCACUUCCUUACACGACAGAAAUCCAUGAAUUGAAGCUCGAACAGUGUCCACAGGAAACUGAGUUUGCAUCUGAGUUGCCUGCACUAAUUGUUAAACACCAGUCAAUUGCUCCAACUGCUCUUGUGAAGAGUGCGCAUGUGGAGGUGAAUCAGCAUAAAAGACCAAUUUCUGAACUUGCUGAAGUGGGUGAAAUCAUCAACUACAGUCGUGCAUCAAGAGAAUCAGACCAUGAAGGGCUUUACAAAUUUUAUGAGAUAAAUCAAUCUGCUGUGAAAUCUGUACCAAAAUUGAAUGGUGUGAAGACAUUAUCUUCUCGUGUCUCUCUUCAAGAUAAAAAGAGAUCCUCUUCUCUAAAGAGGAUAUCUAUGAUUAAUGGAGUGAAAUUAUCAGCAGUUGUCUCCAGUCAUACUGCAGACUUUACAGAAAAUAAGUUCGCCUUGUCAGAGAGUACUGAAGGGAAAACACCUCCAGCACAUUAUAAAGAUGAUGCUACCAUCAAAAGUGCAGAUUCCAGGAAAAGCAGGGGCUUCCCCUAUAAGGAGAGAAAAGUUCUACCACAGGAUGGACACCAAUAUUCUCCCCAGCAUUCCCUCGCGAAUGGGGUUCAUGUCAAUGCUCAACAUGAUCCUUCUCGUCAACUCGGUGCUUACAUGCGUUUGCUGAAAGAUGGGAGGUUAGUUGAUUGCUUAGAAUUGCUUGAAGAUAUGGAAAGUAAGGGGUUGUUGGAUAUGGACAAGGUUUAUCAUGUGCGGUUCUUCAAAAAAUGCCAAAACUUAAGGGCUGUUAAAGAGGCUUUUCGUUUCACCAGGCUGAUCCCAAAUCCAACCCUGAGUACAUUUAAUAUGCUAAUGUCUGUCUGCACAAGUUCUCAAGAUUCGGAGGGAGCUUUUGAGGUUCUGAAACUUGUUCAGGAUGCUGGGCUAGAAGCUGAUUGUAAACUUUACACUACUCUGAUAUCAACUUGUGCAAAAAGUGGAAAAGUUGAUACAAUGUUCAAAGUUUUUCAUGAAAUGGUCAAUGCUGGAGUGGAACCUAAUCUUCAUACCUAUGGGGCACUUAUAGAUGGUUGUGCUAGGGCUGGCCAAGUUGCUAAGGCAUUUGGUGCUUAUGGCAUAUUGAGGUCUAAGAAAGUGAAGCCAGACCGAGUUAUUUUUAAUGCACUCAUCUCAGCAUGUGGCCAAUCCGGUGCGGUUGAUCGUGCAUUUGAUGUCUUAGCAGAAAUGACAACGGAUGUACGUCCUAUAGACCCCGAUCACAUAACUAUUGGUGCUUUGAUGAAGGCAUGUGCAAAUGCUGGUCAGGUUGGUCGGGCACAAGAAGUAUAUAACAUGCUUCAUCAAUAUAAAAUCAAGGGCACUCCAGAGGUGUACACGAUUGCUGUUAAUAGUUGCAGCCAGACUGGUGAUUGGGAGUUUGCCUGUCGUGUGUACAGUGACAUGACAAGAAAUGGUGUUAUCCCCGAUGAGACAUUUCUCAGUGCACUGAUAGACGUUGCUGGGCAUGCUGGGAAGUUGGAUGCUGCCUUUGAAAUCCUACAAGAUGCCAGGAAGCAUGGGAAACGUCUUGGAACCAUAUCAUACAGCUCUUUAAUGGGAGCCUGUAGCAAUGCAAAAAACUGGCAGAAGGCGCUGGAGUUAUAUGAGGAUAUUAAGUCCAUUAAACUGAGACCAACAGUUUCAACAAUGAAUGCCUUAAUCACUGCCUUGUGUGAUGGAGAUCAACUGCAGAAGGCUCUGGAGGUUUUAUCCGAGAUGGAGAGAAUUGGCUUGUGCCCAAACACCAUUACAUACUCCAUUUUAGUAGUGGCAAGUGAAAAGAAGGAUGAUGUGGAAAUUGGUCUCAGGCUCCUUUCUCAAGCCAAAAAGGAUGGUGUCACCCUUAACCUUGUUAUGUCCAGGUGUCUAAUAGCUAUGUGCUCACGGAGGUUUGAGAAGGCUUAUGCGCUUGGCGAGCCCAUCUUUUCAUUCAACUCUGGACGGCCUCAAAUUGAUAGUAAAUGGGCAUCAUUGGCCUUAAAGGUCUAUAGACAAACAAUUUUAGCUGGUAUAGUACCUACUAUGGAAAUAUUUUCACAAGUCUUGGGUUGCUUGCAACUUCCACAUGAUGCUUCCUUGAGAAAUAGUCUAGUCGAGAAUCUAGGAGUCAGUACCGAUUCACCUAAAAGGUCAACCCUUUACUCAUUGGUCGAUGGUUUUGGAGAGUACGAUCCCCGGGCUUUCUCAUUGUUCGAGGAAGCUGCUUCUCGUGGAAUUAUACCAUGUGUAUCCUUCAAAGAAAUUCCAAUAGUAAUUGAUGCAACGGAGUUACAUGUCCAUACAGCUAAGGUAUACCUAUUGACAGUUUUGAAGGGCCUCAAGAAUCAGCUUGCUGCUGGUGCAAAGUUGCCCAAUAUAGUCAUUUUACUGCCUACAGAGAGUAUACAAAUUCAGUCUCCUGCGGGCGAGAAAGUAAUUAGUGUUGCAGGAAGGAUAGGUCAGGCAGUCGCAGCAAUGUUGAGGAGGCUGGGACUAGCUUACAAAGGGAACGAAUCCUACGGGAAAAUCCGUAUAUUUGGUGUGGUCACGAAAAAGUGGUUACAGCCAAAACUUGCUUAUCCUUUCGGCUGGAGAGGAAUAGGUUUGGGUGUAGCAACACCAUCAGUCCUUUCAUCCAGUUCAUGGUUGGGUAAAGGAAUCAGUGAUCAGCAGCGUAACAUUAGAACUGGAAAUCUGUUCUCAGAUUAAUGGCCAACAUACACAUUUCCUGUUUCUGAAUCCUCGGAGAUUGACUCAAGUUAGUAGUCUGUAGAGAAGCAAUAGGAGGCGAGGAGGAGCAAAAUAUACUGAAGCCCUUCAGAAUUCUUGCGCAGAAUUCAGAUGUUGCGAAACAGAGAGGUGUUUUGUUCCGGUACAUUUACGACAGUUGUUCUUCACCGAGGAAUAUGGCCCUGGAAAAACAAAGCAAUGGAAUUUUGGCCAUGCCACCUCCACUUUUCGAGUUGGUCAUUAUCAACGGUCUUAUUCAUCAUUCUUUAUGAGUAACAAUAUCGUUGAUUUAUGUACAACAUUGUGAUUGCUUCAUUAUGAUGAUUAACAAUGAUAAAGUACGUGCAACUAGCUUCAUGGUUAA